ACUCGCCCAAUUCCCACCACCACACAAACCCUCGUGCCCACUCCGUUCUGCGUUUCACAUGGUUCUUGAGCCUCUCUGGUCUUUCUGCUUCCGUUAGCUAUGGAGACCAAAAGAAGGCGGCGGGAGUCCUACGUCUCUUCAUCUACCCUAGACCCAUCUCUCUCCCUCUCCUCCCCCGCCGCCGGCGAUGUCGACCGGCUCACUCAACUGCCGGAUGUCCUCCGCCUCUAUAUCCUGUCUCUUCUUCCUCUCAAAUUCGCCAUUCGCACUAGUGUGCUCUCAUCCAAAUGGCGCGGCAUAUGGCGAUUUCGCUGGCCUCAACCUUCCUUUAUCAAUAUCUUCCCCUCUCCUUCUCUUCCUCACCCCGAAUUCGUCUCCCUCGUCGACGACUUCUUCCGCCGCCGCGGAUUCGCACGAAUUGACUGUUUGCAGAUCAUGUACUCCCCCUCCGCUCUGCAAAUCCCUGACAUCAAGCGCUGGCUCAGCUACGCGGCCUCCUGUUCCGUCUGCGAAUUCUAUUUAGACCUAUCCCUGAAGGCUUCUUCUCCGAAUAAAACUCGCCGUCGCGGAGCCCGUGCGGCCGCUGCAGCUGCGGCCCCCAUCCUUGACUUCAAUUUCAGGAGUCCCACGCUUAACCACCUCACCCUCCGAGGAUUUCACUUAUCUGCUUCUCCUCCUUCCUUCAGGAUGCUAUUGUUUCAUCUUGAAAUCUUGAACCUGUGGGAGAUUUGCCUUAGCUCGGCCUCCCUCCGUCGAAUUCUUGCUAAUUGUCCGGCGCUGCGCUCGCUCUCUAUCCGCCGCUGCCAGGAUUUGAAGAAGGUCGCUAUCCCGGUGUCAGCGAUUAGGCUUACGAGUCUGACCGUUGUGGACUGCCGGAAAGUAAGUGCGAUAUCUGUUUUAGCAUUAGGGCUUCGUUCGUUUCGCUUCAGCGGGGAUCUUCUCAAGACUUACUUCAUCCAAAGCCCAGCCAUGUUGGAGGAUGUGUACAUUAGCAGCGGCACGGCAGUCCCGUCGGUGUCAUCGGGAGAUUGGGUGAAACCCUUUGGUGCGCUGGCUAGUUUGAAGGUUCUCACUCUCUGCAGUAUUACGCUUGAGUGCAUUGCUGAUUUGAGUGCUCACGCAGAGGUUGGAUUCCACUUGUUUCCGAACUUGGUAGAGCUGCAGCUGCUAAUGACGAUGAUGGCAGACAGCAAUCUUUCUGACAUCUACGGUUUCUUUAAGUACUGCCCUUGUCCGAGAUUGGAGAAGCUAUUUUUAGAGCUUCCCAUGAGCACAUGUGAUCCCAGCAUGUCAACGUUCUUGCUAGUUCCCACGGAAGAGCCACCCAAAGUUGGUUUCAGCAGUCUAAAGUUUGUGAAGAUGAAUGGUUUUAAAGGCCAUCUGAAUGAGAUGUUGCUCGCAGGUGUUUUGUUGAUGAAGUCAGGUAAUCUGGAGCAUUUCGCUGUGGUUGCUCCUAGGGGAAAUAAUGGAGAGAAAUGUGAGACUAGUACAGCAAAUUUUCUGCAAUGUCUUUCUACAAAGUUGUCUUUAUUACCAAAGGCAUCAGCUAAAGCUUCCAUAAUUUUGACAGAAAAUGAUACUUCCCAGUUUAGACCUGUUCAUUCUGAAGUCUGAAACUUGGUUUUAAUGGUUUUUUUUCUCUCCCUUGCUGAUGUAAGUAGAGGUCUAGCCAGAAAGUGGUUUUGUUACAAGAAAAAGGGUAGUUUGAUAGCCACUAUUGGAGAUAGUUUAGCUCAUACAGUUUAUACAGCUGCUGUACUUCUCCUUUAGGAUAUUAUUGAAAUUUUAUUCUUUUGAUUUUGAUGUUAUAUAUGUGAAGCACCUCUUAUUUUUCAGGAAGAUUUACAUACUUUACCAUUUAGUUCCUAUGUAUUUACAU